UGCCAGGUCUAGUGAUCUUAGUUUACACUGAACGCUCGAAGCGUACGAACACGCAAAAAAAGUCAGAAACGUUCCUACUUACAAGUGCUUCAUUCAGACCGCGUUACGGACGAUCGCGCACACUUCGGCCGAGAUUUAUUGUGAGCUAAACAACCCCCAAAAGCCAGCAUCAUCACGUUGAAAGACGAACAGCGGCUCAACGCGUUGGACACGUUAGUAGACAGUUUGAAGCCGCUGGUGAACGAGAUGCAUAUUCAUCCGAGCUCGCCGAAUUCGUCCCAGUCGGAGGAUGACGCCGCCACGAAAAUCCAAGCCGGAUUCCGUGGCUACCGGGUGCGAAAGCAAAUCCGUCAGAACAAGGGCGGAAAUGGAUCGUCGACUGCCAGCGGAUCCAACGGUCAGCAGCGAUCACCGAAGGUCGGCAAGAAAAUCGGUGCAAGCCUAGAGGACAAUUCGGCGGUGAAGAUACAGGCCGGAGUACGGGGCUUUCUGGUGCGUAAGCGACAGAAAGUGGCCACCGAAGCUGCCACCAAGAUUCAGGCUAGCUUUCGUGGGUUCAAAACACGCAAGGACCUGAAAACGACCAAAACGGAGAAGUAAUGAGAGCGAACCUCGCGAACAAUUCCAGAGAAUUGCUGCCGAAUCAGUCAGUGACCACAAAGAAACGGAGACCUAUUUUAAUUGUAGUUAGUUAGCAGUGUGACUUUUUUUAUAGAUAGAAAUGUUGUACAUUUGAAUCAUAAACAGUAAUCUUACCCAGAUUGUACCACAAGUGACAAGAGGUUGAAGAGUUCGAAAAAAAAAACAAAAACUGUGAGUCAGAGUCUCGACCCCGGACGGUCAAUAACAAAUUCCAGCGAUGUUCUGGAACUGGUACUCCCGACAUACUACGAUAGAAGAAAGAGAGUGAACUGAUUUUCGAAUAUGGUUAUUGCUUACUCACAGUGGGAUCUGACCAUUUUGCCAUGAUCUGGCACUCUGCUACUGAUUCUCAACAACAGAAGAUGAAGGAAAAAAACAAGUGUUGCUUCGUUGCUUAUAGGUUUAAGUUAUGUGAUCUGUUUGCUACUUCCCAUUUUUAUAGACGUGGAAGGAAGUACCCCUAAUAAGAGAUGAGAUAAAUAUAAUUUUUUUUCCAGUAUAAA